CAUCUAAACGCCUUUCUUUCCCUCCUUUUUUUCUCUCUACCUAAAACUUCAUUACCACAAAAUGGGUUCUCUGAUGGGCGGAUGGAACUCUCCUGUUCUCGAUCCUAAAUCCGUCAAGUUCAAGAGGAAUCGAUCGCUUACCAAGGAGGAAAUCGAAGCCUACUGGAAAUCGAAGAGGAAAUUGGAGGAAGAACAUCUCAGAGCGGUUUCUAUGCCGGUGGAUCGCGAUACGGUCGGAAUAGACUACAAGAGAUCGAGUUCGUUUCCUGCGGCGAUCGGUAAGGCGGAGAAAGAAGUAUUUACGGAAAGCGAUUUGGAGAGGAAAAACCUAGAGAUGUUGAAGAAAAAUGGCUGGUGGAGGAGGAGCAAUUCUGCUUUUCUGAACGAACCGCCUGUCCUCGACGGCGCUGCAAAAGCGUAUGCGUCUCAGUACGGCGUCACAGACGUGGCGUCGUUCUAGUUGAAUCUCAGCGAUGGAGUCGGUGCUUGGUUACGGUGAAUAUAUGUUAAUCAGUAAUUUACGUAAAAUUAAUAGAUUAUAAAUAUGUUGUAUAAUGAUUGCAAGGUCGUGCUGUUUUUCGUUUGUAAUCUGGAAUUUGAAGUUCUUAAUUCUCUUCA